AUGGCACCAAAAAAUAUUGAUGGAUCAGCUAAGAAAGUAGCACUCAACAAAGGAGCAUGGACUGCAGAGGAAGAUCAAAAACUCUCUCAGUACAUUGAAAUCCAUGGUGCAAAGAGGUGGAAAACAAUUGCACUUGAAGCAGGUUUAAAUCGAUGUGGGAAGAGUUGCAGAUUGAGAUGGUUGAAUUAUCUAAGACCCAAUAUCAAAAGAGGCAACAUUUCAGAUGCAGAAGAGGAUUUGAUACUUAGGCUUCAUAAGCUACUCGGGAACAGGUGGUCUUUAAUUGCUGGGAGACUUCCCGGAAGAACCGACAACGAGAUAAAGAACUAUUGGAAUUCUCAUUUGAGGAAGAAAAUAAAUCAGAAGGAGAAAGUAGUGGCGUCAGCAGCCCAAGAGGUCAACAUUUUGACACAGGAAACCUGCACCAUCACUCAUGCGGACGUGGAGGGUGCUAAAGGAAGUGGGACCUCUGCAGGAAACCUUGACAUGAACACCUUCUUUGACUUCACCAUUGAUGGAUCAUAUGGUUUAGAGUGGGUGAACAAAUUUCUUGAACUCGACGAGGAUCCUUGA